GUGAUUCGUCUAGGCAUUAUUAAUCACGUGACGUUAGUGAUCAAGAUGGCGGUUGCUGUGUCAAAUCUUAAUCUUGACUCUCCCAGUAAAUCAUUUAGCAACGAAGAAAGUGGAACUAUUUAUGAUGAGUUAAAGAACAUACGAAGUAUGAUAAGAUUGACUCGAAGAAAUCUUGAAGCUUUGAAUGCAAAGUUCGCACAGUAUCAACAUCCGCCUUCAAUGUACAUAACUGAGUUUGAAGAUCUAAAUUCCAAACUGAAUGAGUUUCAGCUCCAAGAACAGAAACUUUUAGAUCAGCUUAGUAAUGGAAGCAAUGGAAGAGAUUCUCCCGAGCAGUCAGAUCCCGAUUAUGAUGACAGCCGGACCUGUUCUGAAGUAACAACUCCAAGGACGACUCUUACUCCAAACAACAGCCAAUUAAGUUUAAAUAGUACUGUUUCAGAUAUAGCCAGGUUAACACCAAAAUCUCCGUUGAGGGUUGUCAGAGCCUUUCUCCCUAAUAAACAAAGGUCAACUGUCCAGGUCCGGCCAGGUCAGACUGUUCAGGAGGCUUUGUCAAAAGCCAUGACAAGAAGACAUCUUACUCCACACAUGUGUGUAGUGUAUAAAGGUAAUCCAAGAGUUCGAGUAGACUGGGAUACAGAUAUAGCAACUUUAGAAGGAGAAGAAAUUACUGUAGAAAUUAGAGAGCGGUUUCCUAUCACAACUAGUAUUUCUCAUAAUUUUGUUAGGAAAACAUUCUUCACAUUAGCCUUUUGUGAAUGUUGUCGUGGCAUUCUGUUUCAUGGGUUCCGCUGUCAGACCUGUGGGUACAGGUUCCACCAAAGGUGUGCAGCAGAUGUUCCUACUCUUUGUCAACCUCUCCGAGUGGACAACAACAUUUAUAAACAGCUUCUAGCAAUGAAUGACUCUUGUAGUAACAUGGUGCAGACAACAAAUUUUACUUCUGGUUCAUUCAAUCCUUAUGCCUCGAAUUAUGAGUAUAUACGACACCCAACGACAACUUCCCCACCUAGAAAUGUGCCGCGGGUUCACCCACCCCCCUUAUGUCAGAGAGAACGCUCUACUUCUGCUCCCAAUGUUUGCUACAACACUGUCAAUCAUGAUAUGACCCUGGAGGAGUUUGCUCUUAGGCUUCGAUCACAGAAUUCGUCGGUUGUAGAUCCAGGAUCUCUGGUUGCACCGUACCAACAGGGUUCUCCUUCUACUAAUCAUAGUCCUAGCUCCAGUCCAACUAGAACACAAAGUGCGCAGGGGUCCCCUACCAACAUACAUAAACCAUGGAGACCUCGAGCAAGAUCUGCCGAUGAAAGUUCAAAAAAAGUACAGCGAACAACUAGGGAGUCGAUAGAAGACUGGGAAAUCCCAGCUAAUGAAAUUCUUACUGGUCCAAGGAUAGGUUCUGGGUCUUUCGGAACUGUAUAUAGGGGUCAUUGGCAUGGCCCAGUAGCUUUAAAAAAGUUGAAUGUUACCAAUCCUACUCCAGCGCAACUUCAAGCCUUUAAAAACGAAGUUGCUGUCCUGAGGAAAACUCGUCAUGUGAAUAUUCUCUUAUUUAUGGGUUGUGUCUCAAAACCUCAUUUGACAAUAGUUACCCAAUGGUGUGAAGGUUCUAGUCUGUAUAAACACCUUUACGUCCAGGAAUCCAAGUUUGAAAUGUUUGAACUUAUCAACAUUGCCAGGCAAACUGCUCAAGGAAUGGACUAUCUUCACGCCAAAAACAUCAUUCAUCGAGACCUCAAGUCAAAUAAUAUCUUUUUGCACGAAGACUGGACAGUGAAGAUAGGAGAUUUUGGUCUGGCUACUGUGAAAACUAGGUGGAGUGGGUCAGAACAAUUCAAUCAACCAACUGGAUCAAUACUGUGGAUGGCUCCAGAAGUUAUCAGAAUGAAAGAUCCUCAUCCUUAUUCCUUUCAAUCAGAUGUCUAUGCUUUUGGUGUUGUUUUGUACGAGUUGACCACAGGACAGUUACCAUAUGCACGUAUUAACAAUAAGGACCAGAUCCUGUUCAUGGUGGGGAAUGGUUAUCUGAGGCCUGAUUUGAGUAAUACUCGCUCUGACACACCUAAAGCCCUAAUAAGACUAAUUGAAGAUAGUAUAAAAUUUGCAAGGGAAGAAAGACUUCUGUUUAGACAGAUUCUUGCUUCCUUGGAGUCCUUAGCUCGUUCACUUCCAAAGAUUCAUCGCAGUACGUCUGAACCAACUCUCAAUCGCACCCACCUUCAGUCAGAAGAUUUUACAUACAACUGUGCCUCUCCAAAAACUCCAAGUCAAUUUGGAGCUUUUCCUUUCUUCUGAUUUAUGAGUUCCAUUUUGUGACUGAACUGUACAUAAAAAUUGGCACUAUGUCAGAGGUGUCAUUAGGAACUGACGCUUAAGUGACAAAUAAUUUAAGUUCUACUUACCACCCUAGUGGUCUUGGACAUUGUAAUGGCAGCUUAUCGUGGUGUAUUUAAUUAAUUUAAGGAUGC